UAGAAUGUGAGCCUCUCCCGGGCAGGGACUUUGUGCCUCCGUAUCCUCGGCGCUUCGCCCAGUUCUUGGUACAUAGUAAACGCUUAAAUGUCUAUUGGUUGGUUCUCACGGCAAUCCCAGCAAGCGGGUGCCGUAACUACCCCCGUUUUACAGUUGAGGAAACUGAGGCGCAUAGGUGAAUGGCUUGCUUACGGUCACACAGUUGGUGAGGCUCUGAAGUUUCAGGCCCAGCUCUCUAUCCAUGAAUACCGGGGGAGACGAUAACGUUUUACUUGGAACUUUUAUAAAGAGAAUAAUGAAAGCUGAAUACCUCAGAGCAACAGCCCUCCUACUAUCUGGUUUUUCCUAUAUGGAUAGGGAGAUCAAAUUCUGUGUCUCAUUUAAGAGACUUAUCAGUGUUCCAGGCUUGAUUCAAUCAGCUUCAUGUCAUCAAUAAAACUGGAAUAUUUGGAGGACCUUAUUAAAUGUCUGGAAACCCUCUGCGACUUGGAGUCUGCUGGAUUUCUUCCAUAACAGAGGAAGAAAAUAACAGGAAAAGAAUAUUCUGUCCCCUAGAUCCAAAACACACAGUAUAUGAAGAUCAGCUUGAAAAACAUUUGAAAAAAUGUAACUCGAGAGAGAAACCAAAACCUGACUAUUUUAUUCAAGAUAUUAAUGCAGGACUAACAGAUGAAACAGAAAUUCUUGAUGAAGUGGUCCCAGUUUCUUCGCUAUCUAAAGAGCAAUUGGAAAACUUAAUUAAGAAAUUGAGAAAAGCCAGUGAAGGUUUGAAUUGUACACUUAAAGAUCAAAUAAUGUCACAUCCUGCAUUGCAUGAUGUCCUAAAUGAUCCCAAAAAUGGUGAUUCUGCAUUCAAGCACUUGAAACAGCAGGCUUCAAUUUUAGGUAACAUUGAAAGAUUAAAUUUACUGGGACCAAGAAGAUGCUUUGUUGAGUUUGGAGCUGGAAGGGGAAAAUUGUCUCAUUGGGUUGAUAUUGCCUUACAAGAAGCUGAAAAGGUCUACUUUCUGCUAGUAGAAAGAGUGACUACAAGAUUCAAGGUAGAUGGUAAACACAAAAACGGAAACUCUGUAUUUGAAAGGCUUCAAAUUGAUAUUCAACAUUUAUGUUUGAGCAAAAUACCUGUGCUAAUAAAAGAAAAGUUACCUGUGGUUGGAAUUGGAAAACAUUUAUGUGGUGUGGCAACAGACCUUGCAUUGCGAUGUUUAGUUGAAACCUAUCCUACCAAAUGCAAAGAAAGAAAUGAGGAACCAGUAGCCAAGCGUAUAAAGAAUGAUACAAUGGAUGCAGAAAAUGACACUUUGGUAAAUGAAGGAAGCAAAAAGAAUGAAUUAGAGCAGUGGAGCCCUGUCGCUGGCAUCGUUAUUGCACUCUGUUGUCAUCACAAGUGUGAUUGGAGGCAUUAUGUGGGUAAAGAAUUUUUCAAGACCCUUGGACUUGGAUCAGUGGAAUUUAACUAUUUCCAACGAAUGAGUAGUUGGGCCACUUGUGGAAUGCGGGAAACAAUUUUGGAAACAUCAAAAAUUAAUAUCAAGAAAAGAGAUGAUCAGACCAAUGAUAAUGAAGAGCAUGAUCAUGAAGGAUACAGGAAAACAGAUGAAAACCCUGAAGAUUUACCUGGGCUUCUUACUGUUGAAGAAAGGAAAAAUAUAGGUCGACUCUGUAAAUUACUUAUUGACCAAGGCCGAAUCCAAUAUUUACAACAGAAGGGAUAUGAUGCUUCUUUGCAGUACUAUACAGAUUCUCUUGUGUCUUUAGAAAAUGUCCUGUUAACGGCUUUACCCAAACAGUCUUCAACACCAGACUCAACUACAUGAUGAAAGAGAAAUUGUGAACAGUUCCCACUGGGAAAAUUUUGUAACCCUUCUCUGGAUAUUUUAAACAGUUAAGAUCAUUUAUACAACAAUUAUGGGAAAAUUGUCUCCCACAAAAAGUAAGAUUUCAGAGUAUGGUUCUUUAUAUUCUUAAAAAAAAAAAAAA